AUGAUGGGGACCUGGAUUUCACCUACUAGCAUGAUCGGCAGGGCGCUGCCGAUAGUAUAUUGUGCUAGAAACAACACCGUUGCCGCCACCGCUUUGGCUGAACCGGCCCAACGACUGCCGGCUGCAGCAGACCCAUCCACUGAGGCUCUUGAGUGCAAGUCACAUCUCCAACGGACUAUGCAUUGGUACCAUCUACUUUCGCUGGUCGCCGCCGCCACGGCGUCGGCGUCGGCCUGUGACGCGGUCGAGAACGAGUAUGACUACAUUGUGGUAGGGUCCGGCCCCGGCGGAGGUCCGUUGGCGGCGAACCUCGCGCGGGCGGGCUACUCGACGCUGCUGCUCGAGGCGGGCGACGACCAGCACGCCAACCCCAACAUCUCCAUCGUCACAAACUUCGAACUGGCGGGCAACGACCCCUCGACGCGCUGGGACUUUUUCGUCAGGCACUCGGACGACCCGGCCCAGGCCCUCAAGUACAAGCGGCUGACGUGGCGCAACCCCGACGGCUCCUUUUACGUCGGCCUCGACCCGCCAGAGGGCGCCGAGCAGCUCGGCAUAUACUACCCGCGCGCGGGGACGCUGGGCGGCUGCUCGCAACACAACGCGGGCAUCGUGUUUUUGCCGUACGACGACGACUGGAAUCUGGUGGCGAACCUGACUGGCGAUGCGUCGUGGGAGGCGCCCAAGAUGAGAAGGCUCUUUGAGCGUCUGGAGAACAACCGCUUCCUCCCCAGGGGUACGCCCGGGCAUGGGUUCGACGGGUGGUUGGACACCAUCAACACCCCGGGCGACUUUGCCGACGGGGACAAUGACGGCAGGCAGGUUGCUCUGGCCUUUGCAAACAGCCUCAACAUCUCGACGGCCAACCUAUCGGAGGCCCUGGCGCGCGACAUCAACGGGAUUGAGCCUGAUCGCGACCAAGAACUCGGUUUCUAUUCGUUCGUGUGGCACGCGGACGAGUUUAUGAACCGAAGCAGCCCAAACAGCUACGUGCGGGCCACGCUCGAGGACGCCGAGGAGUUCCCACUGACGCUCAAGCUCGAGAGCCUCGUCACCAAGAUCCUGUUCGACGAGGAAGCCGACACGCCUACCGCAGUUGGCGUCGAAGUCCUCGAGGGGCGGCACAUGUACUCGGCCGAUCCCAACUACAACAAAGACGUCAAGGGCAAAGUCAUUCAGUACCGCGCCAAGAAGGAGGUCAUCAUCUCGGGCGGCACCUUCAACAGCCCGCAGAUCCUCAAGCUGUCAGGCAUCGGCCCGGCCGAGGAGCUGAGCAAGUUCGGCAUCCCACUGGUCAAGGACCUCCCCGGCGUGGGCGAGAACAUGGCCGACAACUACGAGGCCGGUGUGAUGUCGCUCAAGCAGGGCGAGCCGCUGAACGCGGGCGGGUGGCAGACGCUGCUGCUCCGGACGCCGUCGGCCGUCGACGAGCGGCGCAACAUCUUUGCGUGGUGCGGCGGCUUCUCGUUCGAAGGGUUCUGGCCGGGCUUCCCCGAGGACUACGGCCCACAGCAGUACGAGUGCGCGCUGGUGCACAUGAACCCCAAGUCGCAGGCGGGCUACGUGCGUCUGCGGUCUGCGGACCCGCAGGACGUGCCCGAAAUCAACACCAACUUUUUCGCGCAGGGCCGCGACCAGGACCUGACCGAGAUGCUCGACGCCAUCGAGUUCCUGCGCGACGGCGUGCACGAGAACACGGGCCCGUGGGAGGAGCUGCACCCCUGCCCCGGCGUCAACAGCACCUGCUCAGACGAGGUGCAGAAGGAGUACAUCCACGACCAGGUCUACAGCCACCACGCGACGUCGACGUGCAGGAUCGGGGCCGACGACGAUCCCAUGGCGGUGCUGGAUUCCAAGUUUCGCGUCAGGGGCGUCAAUAACCUGAGGGUCGUCGAUGCGUCUUCAUUCCCCGUGGUGCCGGGUGCGUUUCCGGUGGUGCCCACCAUGAUGCUGGCGGAGAAGGCAUCGGACGAUAUCCUUGGCGAUGCUGAAGGUGCUGCCGAGGUGUAA